AUGUCGCACAUCUCGAGGGGAACGAGGCAACCGGACCGGGAGGAUCUCAACACGGUGAUGGCCUACUGCGGGAUCAGCAUGGGAGCCGACGAGCUCGAGGAAAUCUUUCGCAGACACGAGGACGGAGGUCACGUGCUGUGCGAGGACCUCAGCCGCAGCCUCCGCCCUCCUCUGACCCACCGCCAACAUGAAGCGGUUGUCAGUCUCUUCGAGUCCCUUGAGGACCCGACGUUCCGCACGGGAGCGAUCGAGCUGGAGGAGCUGCUGGGCAGAUACCGGGCUGCUCGACACCCUAAGGUGGUGAGCGGAGAAAUGGAGGAGGAGGAGGAGCAGGAGCAGGAGCAGCAGCAAGAGCAGGAGCAGGAGCAGGAGAAGCAGGAGGAGCAGGAGGAUGUGGAGGAGCAGGAGGAGGUCCAUGACAGUAUCCCAGGGAUCUUGAAGAUGCGAUGGAGGAGGUUAGAGGAGCUGUCAUGGUCAAGGACCUUCUCCUCUAUUACGCUGAUGUGGUGGCUGGAUACCAACUUAACGACGAGGAGCUCGUGGAACUUCUUCGAGCCACGUGGGGAUUCAACGUUUAACGAUAGAAACUAA